AACGGCCGCGAGAACCAAAACGUCGACGACGCUCGCGGGCCUCAACCACAACCACGACCCAACACGACCACGACCACCGCCGCCACAACGCACCAUGCCCGCCUCCAAGCAGGCCGCCACCCAAUUGCGGGCCUGCCUCCGAAGCAGCGCGCCGGCGCGGCCAGGACGGCUGUCGGGGCUGACGCAGCUCCGCAGCAUCAGCAACACGGCCAGACAAGCCGACGAAGCGCAGGUGCAGAAGCCAGCGGCGGCAACGGAGGCCGCAGCAGCACCAGCACCAGCUGCGGGACGGACAGCGGCACCCCUGGACCCGAACACGGUGUCGACGCGGCGCGAGGAGCGCAAGCUGCUGCGGACGGGCGUGCAGCCGAUCGGCAGCCGCAGACGGCGCGCCGUCAUGGCCGCAGGGGCCGGCAACAUCCCCUUCGAGCAGCUGCCGUUCCAGUGCUUCCAGGAGGCGCGCAGCGUGCUGGCCGCGGACCGGGCCGAGAAGAUCAAGGCCAUUGAGACGCAGCGCGCGCGCAUAGAGCGUGUGCAGGCGCAGGACGCGGCCGUCAGUGGUGGCGACGCCGAGAAGAAGCUCCGUCUCGUUAGCAUGCGAAAUCACCUUGAGGAGCUGAAGAUCCUGGCCGAUAUCAAUGACCCGCUGGUCAAGAUGCGCUUCGAGGACGGCAAGGGCGACCUCAACAAGCCCAUCUACCGCUACCUCGCCGACAGGAAAUGGCGCCAAUACAAGCGCAAGGUGCUCGAGCAGCGCGUGUCGCAAUUCUACCUAGUGCCCGACGUGCUGCCCACGCUGGACCCGGUAGCAGACGUAUCGCUGUCCUUCAAGCAGCGAGGCGUACCACCCGGCGACUUCGUGGACUCGCGCGUGAGCGAGGUCCCCGGGACGCUGCGCGUGCAAGUCUUCGACCGCGGGACGCGGCUCGUGACGAUCGUGGUCGUGGACUCUGACGUGCCGAACGUAGCCAAAAACGGCUUCGACUACCGCGCGCACUUUGUCGCGGCCAACGUGCCCAUCAGCCCGGUGGCGCCGCGCGUGGACCUCGGCGCCCUCAGCACCGACUCGCAGGUCGCGCUGGGGUGGCUGCCGCCGUUCGCGCAGAAGGGCUCGCCCUACCACCGCCUCAGCGUGUGGGUGCUGCAGCAGCCCGAGGGCAAGGAGCUCGACGUCGCGGCGCUGCGCGAGGGCGCCGGCCCCGCCGCCCUGAAGCGCGACGGCUUCGUGCUGCGCAGCUUUGUCGACGCGUUUGACUUGGACCCCGUCGGCGUCACGCUGUUCCGCUCUAUCUGGGACGAGGGCACCGAUGGCGUCAUGAAGCGCGCCGGCGUGCCGGGCGCUGACGUCGAGUUCCGCCGCGAGAAGCCGCUGAAGCUGCCGUACAAGAAGAAGGAUGGUGCGCGGUACAGGUAGUGGCGCGGAUGAGGAGGGGUGUGUUUGGGUGCGUGGGGGCGCGAUGGAUGGCUUGAGCCGUGGGGGUGCCCCGUUGCCUGCCUAGCUGUAUGUGUACCAUAUGUAGGAGCUACCUAAAACGGCGCGUCGUUUUGCGCGCCUUGUUAUUAUGCAAUGAAUAUAGAUCUUUUGUACGAG